AUGUUACAACUCGAGAAUCAAAGACAACGAGCCCGAGAUACUCACUCACCUGUGGAAGUCGUUGCUACUGUUGACCAUGAAUCAAGAUCUAACCCACCGCCAAGACGUGGGGACUUCACCAACAAAGCUCAUCCUUCCCAACAACGUAACUCCAAUCGCCGAUUCCCACCAUCUCGCUCUCAAAACAGAGAAAAUCCAGCGCCUCCUAGUCGCCAACAACCUAUGCACCAGAACAAUCGACGCAAUCCUCCUCCUAGCCAGAAUUGCCCCCCAUGGUCCACUUACCCACCUCCUUAUUGGGCUGCUCCUUGGUGGGUUUCACCACCACCAUGCCCAUAUCCUACUCAGCCUGGUUGUGCCUCACCUUGGCGUGCACCUCCCACACAUCAACAACAAAGUCGACCACCACAAGCCCAUAUUACAGAAGUAAACCCACUGGAACCAUCAAAACUUGGAGCGGCUUUCUCGACAACCACUCAUCUUACCGGAGAUGCAGGACUUCAACACUGGGAAGCUCCUGACGAGACACAAUAGCGAUGGUGACCUCUACCCCUUCACAAAGCCAGAAACAACUCCAGCUUUAUCUUUUUUUUUUUUUUAUUAUUAUUUAUUUAUUUAUUUAUAUAUUUCAUCUAGUUCAUCCUUUUGGCAUUCUAGACUAGGUCAUCCAAG